GAGGACAAGCCCAAUUGAUGUGAACAGUUAUCGGAUAUGUGGGUCGUUACCCGUCUGAUAGAAAGAAGCUGGCGCCAAAAGCUGAGAUCAGUUCCUCAAACAAAGGCAGCAGAGAAGCAUUAUGCUAUUGGCAUCCUCAUCUUCAGCAACCCAGCAUCAAUCCUCAUGGAGCGGCCCCUCGUCCUCAACCAUUUAUCUAUUACACACUCAAUCCUUCAAUGCUAUAAGAGAGCUUCACCAGAUCCAUGCCAGAGCCGUGACCACCGGCCUCAUUCGCCGAGUCUCGGUCGCCGCAAAACUCCUCUCUCUCUGCUCUUCACCACCGAUCCGACGGCUCGACUAUGCAUCGCGUCUCCUGUUGCUGCUCGACGAGCAAUCCCACCACCCCUACUUGUGGAACACCCUGAUACGAGCAUACUCGGAUAGCAACCGCCCGCUGGACGCCUUGCUUUUGUACUCUGAAAUGCUUCACCAGGGCGUGCAAUUGGACAAGUUCACAUACCCCUGGGUCCUCAAGGCUUGCGCUCACUUGCUGGCGCUCAAAGAAGGCGAGCAGAUCCACGCUCAAAUUGUGAAGAGCCCUAAGCAUUUGAGCUUUGAUGUCUUUGUUCUCAACACGCUGAUUAACUUGUAUGUGAAAUGCUCCCAGUUCGACGCGGCAAACAGAGUGUUUGAUAAAAUGCCUCAUAGGGAUGUGGUCUCGUGGAAUGCCAUGAUCGGAGGCUGUGACCCUCUGCUCUUCUUCUGCCGGAUGCUGGGCAAUGGGGUCCUUCCGGACAGGUUUAGCUUCACUCUCGUGCUCAAGGCUUGCACGAGUUUGACAGCUAUUCGGGAAGGCUUGCAGAUUCACUCUUGGAUAAGCAAGAGCGAGUUCCAGUCAGAUGUCUUUGUCCAGAAUGCCUUGAUUCACAUGUAUUCGAGAUGUGUAGGAGUCCAAUUUGCAUGUCGAGUGUUUGACCUGAUGCCCCAAAAGGAUGCGGUCGCUUGGAACACCAUGAUCGAUGGCCACGUCAAGAGUGGGGAUAUGGAAGCUGCACAAGACCUCUUUGAUCAGAUGCCGGAAAGGUGCUUGGCAUCUUGGAAUGCGAUGGUCGAUGGCUAUGCCAAAGCAGGCAAUAUUGAAGUUGCUCUGCGGCUAUUUGAUGCCAUGCCUGAGAGGGACUCGGUGUCAUGGAAUGCCAUGAUUGAUGGGUAUGCAAAAUGGGGGCUGAUGGAAGGAGCACAUGAGUUAUUCAUGAGGAUGCCGCAGAGGGAUGUGAUCUCUUGGGCCAACAUGAUCGAUGGCUAUUCCAAAAUUGGAAGCAUUGACAUAGCGCGUGAUUUUUUCGAGCAAAUGCCCCAAAGAGACUCGAUAUCGUGGAAUGUAAUGCUUGGUGGGUAUGUGCAGAAUGGUCAGUACAAGGAUGCCAUAGAACUCUUUCACAUGAUGCAGGUGGAGGGUGUGAAGCCUAAUCAAGUGACAUUGGUGACUGUUCUUUCUGCAAUUGCCUCUCUUGGGGCAUUAGAGGAAGGCAAAUGGGUGCACAAUCACAUUGAUAAGAACCAAAACCAGUUCCAAUUGGAUGGCAUUCUCGGUGCAGGCAUCAUAGACAUGUACUCCAAGUGCGGGAGUAUAGAGAGCGGCCUUCGAGUUUUCAUGGCCCUGCAAAAGAGAAGUAUCAACCACUGGAAUGCGAUAAUUGGGGGCCUCGCGAUGCAUGGACUUGGCCACCAAGCCCUUCAACUUUUCUCAGAGAUGCAGAGGCUUUCAUUCAAGCCCGAUGAUAUCACAUUCAUCGCCGUGCUAAGUGCGUGUAGCCACGCAGGCCUGGUGAAUGAGGGCAUACACUACUUCGAAAGCAUGAGCAAAGAGUACAAUAUUGAACCCAAACUCCAGCAUUAUGGAUGCAUGGUCGACAUAUUUGGUCGAGCUGGGUUGUUAGAGGAAGCUAAGAAAUUCAUAGAAGAGAUGCCAAUCGAACCCAGCAUCAUGGUUUGGAGGUCACUACUUGGUGCGUGUAGGAAUCAUGGGAACAUAGAGAUCGGCCAAUGGGCGGGGAGAUGCCUUAUUGAGCUGGCCCCCUUUGAAUCAAGCAGUUAUGUCCUUUUAUCAAAUCUGUACGCUAAUGCUAGCAUGUGGGACGAUGCGAGCACAGUGAGAAUGAUGAUGAGAGCGAGAGAUGUGAAGAAGAUCCCUGGUUGCAGCUGGAUUGAAGUCCAUGGAGUAGUUCAUGAGUUUUUGGUGGGUGAUAAGUCCCACCCUGAGGUGGAAAACAUAAAUCGGGUGCUAAAGAAAUUAGCCCUUGAUUUAAAAUCGGCGGGGUAUGUAUUAGGCCCGAUUCCGAUUUUAAUGGAUGCAUAUGUUGAUUAAGGGAAAGAAUAAGUGGAGGCUUUUGUUUCUUGGCGA